AUGUCAGAUUCAUCAUCAUCAUACUCAGAAUGGUUGCAGCAAACCUUGUCCAGCUACACAAAACUGAAUGAUUCUGACAAGAAUGCAACACUGACUGCACUUAUUGCAGCAUCAGGGCCAAGCCAGCUGUAUGAGCUUUACAACAGACUUCCUGAGUUUGUGUUAAGGGACUUUAUUAGUAGCCUUCCAGCUGAACUGGUCACCAACAUACUGAAAUAUUUAGAUGGACAACAUCUUCUUGUCUGCUGCCAGGUCUGCAGUUCCUGGAAUGAUAUUAUAAAUAGUCAUACUAGACUCUGGUACCAGCUGGCCUUAGAUGCAGGAGCAGAUGUUACAGUAGUUGGGGACAGUAACUUAUCAAAAGAAAGAGAUGUAACAAAUGCAGAUUUGAAUAAAAGUGAACUCCGACUACAGAAAGAAAACAUUUAUAAACGCCUUUAUUUAAAAACACUUGCCACACUUAAAGGUUUCAGCACACAAACAAAGAUCAGUAUUCAGAAUGAAUUUAUUGACAAAGGAGACUGGCGUUUUACAUUUGUUGGAUAUUUUCAUGGACAUAUUGUUACAGGUUGUGAUGAUCACACUGUGCAGGUAUGGGAUAUUCCAUCAGGCAAACCCCUAAUCUCUAUAGCAACUCACUCUGUGUGUUGCCUAACAAUUACUAAAACUCAUCUGUACACAGCGUCUUUCAAUGCCAAUGCUGAUUCAUGGGACCUCUGCUCCCGUCAGCACUGUCAGACAUUCUGUGGCCACACGUCUGCUGUGCUGGCAGUUGAUGUCACACCUGAUGAGCAGUUUUUACUGACCGGUUCUGUGGAUAAAACUGCUAAACUUUGGGGCUUCAAGAAAUACUCCUCUGAUCUUAUUAGGACCUUUGAUGAUGUCCAUGAGGACUGGGUCUUCGCAGUAAAAUUCUUGCCAAGUGACGAGGACAAUUUAAAGUUCCUUACAUGUGAUUCAACCCUGUGCAGUCUAUGGUUGGUCAGGCGGACUGGAGAAGUAGUAAGCUCGUUCAGAAUCCAGUCAGACAGGCCCUCACUGUUUGCCUCGUUUUAUCACAUGCCACAAGACCCUUUCCAAAUGUUUACAUGCCUGUGGGAGGAGCACAGAAAAGUCUCCUGGCUGUCAAAAUACACCAUACAGCACAAGAAAUGUGUCAUGGAGAGAGUACUACAUUUUCAGAUCUCAAUGGAGACUGUUAAAGCAUACCUUCUGGGGGCAGGACUCAAGUUUGCUGUGAUCAUGUGUUCAAUAUCUAGAAAGGACUUUCAUGUGAUUGAUAUUCCAAGGAAAACUGUGGUGGCCACCAUAGUUACACCUGAUUUUUGUAUGCUGACACGGAAUGGUUCAACAGUGACUUUAUGUGACACCAGCUGGUUGAACGGCUUCAACUUUUCAACCAUGAAGAAUACCACCCCUGUAUUUGCUGCUAGUGUUGCCAGAAACACAGUCAUCCUGGGCACAUGGGCUGAGAAUAGCAAGUCAGAUGACACAUGA